GGUCGUGGGGUGAGAACAGCAGGUAGUGUCACUUUGCAAGUCAAUAACUAUAUACGAAAUCAAAUUUUAUGAUUAGGUACUCAUAUUUUUAAGUUAUUUUAUAGUCAUUAUUCAUUAAACGUGUCGCCAUAAUAUACCGUAACUAAUAAUACUUUCCGAGCAGUCGACCACCGAUAUUUCAAGAUGACGUGGAGAGACAACGUGAAUACUCAGGUGACGUGCACCGUACUGCUGUUGAUCGGGGCGGUGUUCGUUGUCAACGUCGGAGCGUCCACCAAGUACACGCUGCUCGGCAAGAACCAAAUCGAAGUGACUACGUCGACGGUGACGUGCAAGAACGGCAAUCCCGUGUCGGUGACCUCCGGCGUGAAGGGUGAGCUGUACGUGCUGUCGACGACCAGGACGAAUUUCUCGGGCGACAAGUGGAAGAGGCGGAUGGCCGAGUUGGACAGGGAGUCGGACGACGAACAGGGGCACGUGGUGGCGUCCGUUUUCGGCGGGCCCGUCGAGACAUGGAACCUGGUGCCGCAGCACCGGAGCGUCAACAGGAAGAUCAACGCGCAGAGCAGCCUGCUCAACCGCUGGGACGAGUUCGAGAAGUGGACGCGUGAACAGCUGGGCAAAAAGAACGGCGCCCCGGUCAAGUUUUCCAUCAAGAUAAAGUACGCGGCCAACAACGGAUGCAGGCCAAUCGGUUUCGAAAUCGACGCCACCAGCAAAGCGGGACCUGGGUUCCAGGGGAAAUUCGACAACGGCCCUUACGGGGCUUUCGCCACCGCCAGCAAAAAAACGACGAAGAAAAAGCCGUGAUGCAGACCGGCAACCCAUGUAAUGGUCCGCCAACGAUACGGUUUCUGUGAUGGUUACUGAUUCGCCAUUUUUAUUCCAUAAUAUUAUACUAACAUUUAUAAAUCUUUUUUUUACAUUUAUAAGUUUUAAUUACCGUAACACGGAGUUGUUCACUUUAUACACAUUUUGAAUAUUAUUUGUUUAUUUGUGUAUAUAAAAAAAGUAUUUGAGUUAAAA